AUGCAUCCUAAGAACCGCCCCACUGGCACUACUCUAGAAGAUUCUAAAGUGAGAUUUCAGAUAGAAUUAGAAUUCGUCCAAUGUCUCGCAAACCCUCACUACCUAACGUGUAGGCCUCUUCUCCGCUUUUUGAUAACUUUGUCAUUUCUUCUUACACUCCAAAUCAGCUACCCUUACUGCUUGCAUCUUCUCGAUCUGCUCCAAUCAGCUGAGUUUCGGAGAGAAAUUGCCCGUGCUCCCGUAGCCCGAUUUAUCGAUGAUCAAAUGCUGCUUCACUGGCAACAUUAUCUGCGCAAGCGCACUCUUUUAAUUGCUAGACACGCCCAAGAAUUAGAGGCUUCAUCACAAACAAAGCCUGCAUCUGCUGAGACCGUAUCUGCUUCGAGGACUGAUUUACCCUUAGGGCCUGGCACUACACAAGACAACCCUUCGGCUAUUACUGGACUCUCUAGGUAG